GUUAGUCAUUUUCUCUGAUUAAUAACUUUAACAUCCAUACUGAAUAUUCAUUGUCUCAUAAAGAAUAAGGUGUCUCAGAGACGGUAGUGCAGUGGUUCUCGACCUUCCUAUUGCUUUGACCCCUUUAAUACAGUUCCUCAUGUGAUGGUGAUCCCCCCAACCAUAAAAUUAUUUUUGUUGCUCCUUCAUAACUGUAAUUUCACUACUGUUAUGAAUCGUAAUGUAAAUAUCUGAUAUUCAGUAUAUCUGAAAUGUGACCCAGUGAAAGGGUCAUUUGAGACCCUCAAAGGGGUUGUGACCCACAGGUUGAGAACCACUGCUACUGUGGUAUGGUUUUAAUGAAUACCAAAUCGGUCUGCUUACUAAUCUUCUGUCUUGUCACUAAGAACCCAUCUUCAUCAUCAUAGCUGUUUCAUAGCAACGUUGGGUGAUGUAAACAAACAAUGAGCUCCUUUGUUCUGCAGGGUAAAUAGAGCAGACUAGAGAAUCAAACAGCAUUGUUCAUCCUCAAACCUAGCAACAUCCUGGUUCUUUGGAAAAGAGUACCUGGAACAAGACAGGAGCUGCCUCAGCUGUAGCCUCACUUGCUCCUUUGGAAGGGUGUGUUGGACUAAAUUUUCACACACACACACCCUUCAGUACAUUUAGUAUCUCUAUCUCCUAUGUAGCUGAAAAUACCCUGGAGCUUCUGACCUUCGUGAGUGCUGGGAUAGGGGACGUGUUGUGUGGUGCUGGGGAUCCACCUGGAGCGUCAUUCGUGCCGAGCAAGUGCUCUGCCAGCACUCCACUGAGCUUUCUCUUUUCUGUUGAGACUGCUCUCAUCAUGUAGCCCAGGCUGGCCUUGAAUUUGCCAGCAGUCCUGCCUCUGCCUCCAGGUGUUGUCACCACACCUUGCUUUCCAUUUCUUUAAAAGUCUUUACAAAUGAAGGUAGUUGACACUGGGGCAAGUGUUUUCAGGUGCAGUGUUCAAAGUGGCCUUCCUGAAACUAGACAGGGAGAUCUCAGUUUACAAAGGGAGAGAAAUAGAAAUGGGAGUCAAGUGACUUCAGUCCAGAGUUAUGCUUUUGGGUUUUUGAGACAGGGUUUCUCUGUGUAGGUUUGGAGCCUGUCCUGGAACUCACUCAGUAGACCAGGCUGGCCUUGAACUCACAGAGAUCAGCCUGCCUCUUCCUAUUGAGUGUUGGGAUUAAAGGCAUGCCACCACCACCUGGCCAGAGUUACCUUGUUAAUGGGUGUAGUUUAGGAACGUUCUCAGUAAAGAAUUAAAGGUACUCAAAUUAACAUUUCAACCCAGCCCCGCCUCACCACUUCCUUAAGACUGGAUUUUCUAUUUGGUCAGAUUUGGCAUGGGACUUGGAAACUUCCACAGUUUGAAGGGAGGGAACUGAAAUUUACUUCAGCUUUUCAGGCCUUUCCCCUUUUUUUUGUUCUUAAGCCUGCGGGUUUCAACUCAUUAGUAGGACAUGACAAGAAUGACACCUGUAAAGAUGCCACUGGCAAACUUAGUCAAACAUCAGUAGUGUUUUUUUUUUUUUUUUCUUCUGCCUGUGGCUUCACCUGAGAAUAAGGACUGCACUUCUGUUCCCAUGUGCGCGCACUUCUGUGCAUAUGUGCGCGCACACAUGUGUCUGUUUUGUUGACAGCUAUGCAUCAUAAUCUCUCAAUGCCAAGGGUUAUUCCAAGCUGGAGGAUCUGUGGUACAGUACAAUAGAGAGCUCAUCUGGAAUGCCUGCUGGUAAAAUGCCUACUGAGACAUGAAGCCUGGGACCACUGUUUUCAUCCUUGGGAGCCUGGUGCUGAUGUUCCACCUGCCUUUGGUGUUGAUGACACCUGAAACACUGGCCAUCCCCAAGAAGCUACAACAAGCUGUGGGGAGAGUCAUUGUCAAUGCCACAACAUGUACUGUAACAUGUGGCCUUGGCUACAAGGAAGAGACCGUCUGUGAGGUGGGUCCUGAUGGAGUGAGGAGGAAGUGCAGGUCCCAGCGUUUGGAGUGUCUGACCAACUGGAUCUGUGGGAUGCUCCAUUUCACCAUUGUCCAUGGGGAAGAGUUUGAGCUGAGCUGUCUCAGCUCAGACAUCCUAGAGGUGGGGCAAGAAGCUUUCCGCUUUACCUGGAAGCUUGCUCGGGGCAUCAUCUCUACUAAUGAUGAAGUUUUUAAACCCUUCCGAGCCAACUCUCACUUUCUGCGAUUUAAACCCGCCUAUGAGUAUGACUCUGGGACAUACCGAUGUGAUGUGCAGCUGCUGAAAAACCUGAAAUUUGUCAAGAGGCUCUAUUUUGGAUUGAGGGUCCUUCCUCCAAAUUUGGUAAACCUGAAUUUCCAUCAGUCCCUCACUGAGGACCAGAAGUUAGUAGAUGAGGGCUGGGAAAUUAAUCUAGACAACCAUUCCAAGCCUUACCUCCCAAAGUGGCAAAAGAAGGUGGCAUCAGCCUUGGGCAUAGGGAUUGCUGUUGGAGUGGUCUCUGGCGUGCUGGUGAGCAUUGCUGUCCGAAGUGUGCUGAGGAUGAUUGACAGCAACAGCAACCUUAGCAGCUGAUGAUACAACCCUUGCACCUGGGGGUCUGGCUGCCCAGAAAGCCAGGCUAGCUUAUACGGGAGCAUCCUGUCCCUCUGAUAGUGACAUGCCAAGAAAGUGUUCCUAGAGCCAAAGGUUGCUUAGGAGGCUUGGAGGAUGCGACCUCGUCCUCAUACUGCUGUUCAGAGCAGCAGUAUCCAUCAUUGUCUUAAGGUUUUCUCAUACUGGAUGCUCAGGAAACCCACUCACUACUGGCCUUGCUUCUGUCCCGAGGGCAGUUGUGUCUUCCAAGCUUGCUUUUUUCUUUCUGUGCUUUACGGCACAUUCCACUUCUCCAAACAGUGUGUAUGGACCAGAAUGUACUACUGGCUGUUUGGGCAGAAGCUUUUUUUAUUUUUGUUCAAUAAAGAGAAUUUACAGUAAAUGUAUAGCAACUUAA